CACCAAACUCAUCUCUACUUUUUCUCUUCUCUCUCUUUCCCACUCUGUUUCUCUCGGUUCUUCUUCAACCUCUAAAUUUAACUUCAACAAUGGCCUUUGAAUCAAACCAAACUAAUGAAUUCAUUUUCCGUUCAAAGCUUCCCGAUAUACACAUUCCCAAUCAUCUCCCACUCCACGAUUACGUUUUCCAGAAUUUGCCUAAAUUUGCCUCACGCCCCUGUUUGAUCAACGGCGCCACCGGCGAUGUUUACUCCUACCACGACGUUCACCUAACUGCCCGUCGAGUCGCCGCCGGCCUACAUAACCUCGGAAUUAAAAAGGGUGAUGUUGUCAUGAAUUUGCUCCCCAACUCCCCGGAGUUCGUCUUCACGUUCCUCGGAGCGUCGUACAGAGGUGCCAUCAUGACGGCGGCGAACCCUUUUUAUACGGCCGUGGAAAUCGCCAAACAGGCAAAAGCCGCCAAUGCGAAAUUGAUCGUGACGAUGGCUUGCUUUUACGAUCGGGUUAAGGAUUUGGCUGAAAAUGGUGUUAAAAUCGUCAGCGUUGAUUUUGCUGUUGAGGGUUGUUUGCAUUUCUCUGUUUUGAGUGGGGCUGAUGAAUCUAAUGCGCCGCCGGUGGAUUUUUCCCCCGACGACGUGGUGGCGCUGCCGUACUCCUCCGGCACCACCGGUUUGCCGAAGGGAGUUAUGUUGACGCAUAAAGGGUUAAUCACAAGCGUUGCUCAACAAAUGGACGGCCAAAAUCCAAACCUCUAUUAUCACGGCGAUGAUGUUAUCCUCUGUGUGCUGCCGUUUUUCCACAUCUAUUCACUCAAUUCGAUUUUGCUGUGUGGGCUACGCGUUGGUGCUUCGAUUAUGAUUAUGCAGAAAUUUGACAUCGUUUCUCUUUUGCAAUUGAUUGAGAAAUACAGAAUUUCGAUCAUGCCCAUUGUGCCGCCGAUCUUUUUGGCCAUUGCUAAGUCGCCGGAAUUUGAGAAAUACGAUGUAUCGUCAGUGAGGGUUCUAAAAUCCGGUGGAGCACCACUCGGGAAGGAGUUGGAAGACGCCGUAAGGGAGAAAUUUCCGGCGGCGGUUCUCGGACAAGGGUAUGGAAUGACCGAGGCCGGUCCGGUUCUAAGCAUGAGUUUGGCUUUUGCAAAAGAGCCGUUUCAAGUAAAAGCCGGAGCCUGUGGAACUGUCGUCCGUAAUGCAGAGAUGAAAAUUGUCGACCCAGAAACCGGCGCCUCCUUGCCGGCGAAUUCCGCCGGAGAGAUAUGUAUUAGAGGAGAUCAAAUCAUGAAGGGAUAUUUGAAUGAUUUGGAGUCAACCAAGAGGACUAUUGACAAAGAAGGAUGGCUCCACACCGGUGACAUUGGCUUUGUCGAUGACGACGACGAGCUAUUCAUUGUGGACCGGCUCAAGGAACUUAUCAAAUUCAAGGCCUUUCAAGUGGCGCCGGCAGAGCUAGAGGCCCUUCUUAUCACUCAUCCUAAACUAUCCGACGCCGCCGUUAUUGGUAUGCCGGACGUGGAGGCUGGAGAAGUGCCGGUGGCAUUUGUGGUGAAAACAAAUGGUGGCGCAAUAACAGAAGAAGAAGUAAAGCAAUUCAUAUCAAAACAAGUGGUAUUCUACAAGAGGCUAAAACGUGUGUUUUUCGUCAACACUAUUCCAAAGGCUCCGUCAGGAAAAAUUCUUAGAAAGGAACUUAGAGCAAGACUGGCUUCUGGUGCUUACAAUUAAACCUUCAAAUUUUCGUCAUUUAUUUUCAAUACUGUAAACUGAUAUAGCAUUUUUUUUAAAAUAAAAAAAAAAUUAAGAUUAUAUACCAUAUUACCAUUUGAUAUAUAUUUAUCCAAGAUAUGUACAAUUUAAUUACCCACUGAAACGUUCGUGGAGUUAAUUGUAUUUGGUGAUUGUGAAUUAUAUAAUCAUUGAAUAGAGAAAAUACAUCUUUCAUCUUCGUGUUAAA